GGCGGCGCGGAGGGGGCUGCGGAGCCUCAGCGGCCCGGGCUUCCAGUCUUCGGCCCGCCGGUCGCCGACCCACCGCCACCGCCGUGCCCUCCCGCCCUCCCUGCCCGCUGGUCAAGACCACGCCUGGGAGGAUGUACCAGAGCCUGGCGCUGGCCGCGAGCCCCCGCCAGGCCGCCUACGCCGACUCGGGCUCCUUCCUGCACGCUCCGGGCGCCGGCUCUCCGAUGUUUGUGCCGCCGGCGCGCGUCCCCUCGAUGCUGUCCUACCUGUCCGGGUGUGAGCCGAGCCCGCAGCCCCCCGAGCUCGCUGCGCGCCCCGGCUGGGCGCAGACAGCCACCGCGGAUUCGUCGGCCUUCGGCCCGGGCAGCCCGCACCCGCCAGCCGCGCACCCGCCCGGGGCCACCGCCUUCCCUUUCGCGCACAGCCCCUCGGGGCCCGGCAGCGGCGGCAGCGCGGGGGGCCGAGACGGCAGUGCCUACCAGGGCGCGCUGUUGCCUCGAGAACAGUUCGCGGCCCCGCUUGGGCGGCCGGUGGGGACCUCGUACUCCGCCAGCUACCCAGCCUACGUGAGCCCCGACGUGGCCCAGUCCUGGACUGCCGGGCCCUUCGAUGGCAGCGUCCUGCACGGCCUCCCAGGCCGCAGGCCCACCUUCGUGUCCGACUUCUUGGAGGAGUUCCCGGGUGAGGGUCGUGAGUGUGUCAACUGCGGGGCCCUGUCCACACCGCUGUGGCGCCGAGACGGCACCGGCCACUACCUGUGCAAUGCCUGCGGCCUGUACCACAAGAUGAAUGGCGUCAACCGGCCGCUCGUUCGGCCUCAGAAGCGCCUGUCCUCGUCCCGCCGCGCCGGCCUCUGCUGCACCAACUGCCACACGACCAACACCACGCUGUGGCGGCGGAACUCGGAGGGGGAGCCCGUGUGCAACGCCUGCGGCCUCUACAUGAAGCUGCACGGGGUGCCGCGGCCUCUGGCUAUGAAGAAGGAAAGCAUCCAGACACGGAAGCGGAAGCCAAAGACCAUCGCCAAGGCCAGGGGCUCCUCAGGAUCCACAAGGAAUGCCUCGGCCUCCCCAUCUGCUGUCGCCAGCACUGACAGCUCAGCAGCCACUUCGAAAGCCAAGCCCAGCCUGGCGUCCCCAGUGUGCCCUGGGCCCAGCAUGGCCCCCCAGGCCUCUGGCCAGGAGGAUGACUCCCUUGCCCCCGGCCACUUGGAGUUCAAGUUCGAGCCUGAGGACUUUGCCUUCCCCUCCACAGCCCCGAGCCCCCAGGCUGGCCUCAGGGGGGCUCUGCGCCAAGAGGCCUGGUGUGCGCUGGCCUUGGCCUAGGUCCCCAGGCCAGCCCAUGUCAUGGGAACAGCCCGGAACAGACCACCCACUGAGUCACCUCCGUGCCUGCUUUGCUCCAGCACAGCAGAGACCAGCAGGCCCCCCAACCCAGACACUGGGUCUGCUGGAGUCUCCACACAGUGGUGGGGAGGCCUUCUGGACAGACGGCAGUCAGGCCCCAGAGCAAAAAGGCUGGUGAGGAAAGGGCUCAGCUUCCCACCCCACGUACAGCAGGGGACUCCCCAGGUGCGGCCCAAGGCUCCGGACCACACUGGCCCCCUGUGGCAGAGGCCAACGCAGGGCACCACCACCAACUUGAAUUCCGUCAUCAACACUCACCGUCAAUAUGUUUACAAGUUGUAGCAGUUGGGGAAAAACCGUCAACCUCCCAGUGUAAAACCAAGAUUCCCAGUGAAGCACCUGAGGCCAAGCAGGGGAGAGGAAUGAGGGGAGCAGCUGGACAUGGGCCUCCUGAGGACUCGGGGCUGUCCUUCAUUGCCCACAUGGAUAGACGGAGCUGUGGUGCAGAGAACUUUUCCCGCAACGGGUGCAGGACUGCCAGGGAUCAGAGUGCGGGCCGCGCACGGUGCCAGGAUUCCGCCAAGGGAAGCCGCUCACGUUGCAGUCAUCACAGACUUAACGCACUUGUUUGGACAGUUUUUCCAGAGGGGAUGGGAAAGGGCCUUGUUCUAGCUGAAUCUGUGUAUCAUGACCAUUUCUGACAGGCAGAGUGAA